AUGCACAGGCGCAAUGUGGAUGACAGCGCUUCGAAGGCCCAAGCUCAAGUCCAGUGCUCUAGCUCUUACAUGAAGAUCGUGAAGGGAGAGGAUGACGGCAAAGAGAAUCAAGGUCCUCAAGCAGCAUCUCGGAUGAGCUGCUUCUCUCCUCUGCCAAACUCCUGGAGUCCUCUUCGACUUUCAAAGCUCCGGUCGCCAACCAACGGCGAGGAAAGCCUUAUGCGCAGCAAUCUUCAUAGUCAGCCUGCCUGGAAGGAUCCGAAACCUUCUAGUCCUGGCGAUGAAGACCUUUCUCAGGCAGACACGCCAGUGGAUUAUCAGGAUUACGACAACUUUGCCCCCAUCCACGACGCAAGCACCACCAAGUGUUCAUUCGCCUUUUCGAUCCGAGAACUUCAUGGUACUCAACACAUCCGAUAA